GUUAUUUCCGUCUCAUGACAAAUAAUCAAGAAAUAAAUAUAGAACACAACAGGAAACUAUUUGUAAUGAAUAUAAAACAAAUGAUAAAGGUUUAAAUGCAAACAGGGAUAUAAAGAAACACCAUGUUUCACCAGAAUAGAAGCGCCAAUGCAGACAGACGUGCAACACUUGUUUGUUUUGUGACUAAUUUUUUCCCGAAACUAAUGCAAUGUUUUUUAUCGUAUUGUAUCAAGCAAAACGGACUUACGAACAAGUACUGCAACAAUACAAGAAAUCCAUCUUUAUUAACGCCUACCGAAUUACUUUUGAUACAAGAGUUACCGUCCAUUGAAAAUUUUACUAUACAUCUAUGUUAUAAAUUUAUUACUUUGGAAGAACUGCUACCUAAACCAUCAAAUGGAUGGGGAAAAUUUCCAGAUGAAAAGAGAUUAGAAGUCGAAGAUGAUAUAGAACGGAUACGGCAUGCAAUAAAUGAAAUUAUUACAACGAACGAUGAUGAAUGUACAGAAAAAUACUUUGUCAAAUUUCUUUAUAAAUUAGGAAGGAUUAUUCAGCGAGUUCAGAUUGCUUUGGGUAAUACAACUCUUUAUGUAAUUUACAAAUCUAUCCUCAUAAAGAAUAUUGAUACUGAAGUGGUUCUCAGUGCAUUCAUCAAGGUUGACAUUAUAAGAGAUUCUAAUAUUCAGUAUAUAAAAUCACAAGACCGGGAAAGAUAUAGUAAAAUCAGUGCUGUGAUAACAGAGUUUUUCCCAAAAUUACUGCGAAAUAUAUUACAAUCAAAAGUUUCACCUUCGAUGUUAUAUAAUUUAUGUAUAAAACCAGGCGUUCAUUGGAACAAUUCAGAGAAAUCACAGGUUAAUACAUUAAAAUUUAAUAACAAUUACGAAUCGCUAGAUGCUUCGAUGCUUUAUAAGUUGUUUAGAACAUUUACAUGCGUAGACGAACCUACCCAAGGAUGGGGAAGUUUACCUACCAAUUACGAUCUAAGUAUUUCGGACGAUAUAGAGCGAAUACGCAUCCUGAGAAAUAAGUCCGCACAUAGAUGUGACACUCGCAUCGAUCAGACAGAGUUUGAAAACCAAUUUUUACAGUUUCAUGAUAUAACACGACGAAUUUCUAUUGAUCAUGAAAAAGAGUUAACUGCAAUAGCCCAAGGAAGUUUAGACCCCAAGAGGCAGAUUGAGUUAGAGAGAGCUCUGCAUGAAUUGGAGGAUAUUAAAGAGCGAUUUGAAAAGGAUUAUGUGCGGUAUUAUUGGGGAAAUAAAUUUGAGAUGAAGAUUAAAGAUGUUAGGCAGAGGAUAAAGACAGGAAAGGUUCUACUAGGAAAAGGAACGAUUGCCAUAGAUAUAGAAUUACCAAAUGUGGAUGACACUGAAACGAGAGCAAAGAUAUUAAACGAAUUCAAGGAUGAAGUGAAUGAGGGUGACCUUAAGAUUAAGUUCAGUGCCGCUAUUACAGGAAGUAUAAUUAUCCAUUCAGACAUUGACGCAGAUGCUCUGAUAACAGACACAAGUCUUCAAAAAGAAUUAACAUCCUUUAUGAAAAGAAUUCUUAAUACAGGAAGAUUACAAAUAUCUUCAUUUCAAUGGUUAGAUGCUGUAAUUUUUCUUGUAGAAGGCAACAUGGAAUUAGACUUGAACCCAUCUGUGGCAAAGUCUUUAAGGUUACAGUUCAAUGUAGACAUGGAUGUUUUUGAAACGGAUGAACAAUUUGAAUCAGAAAUAAAUGCAUGUAUGCAGCGAACAAUCAAAAACCUGAAUGGGAAAGGUUUUAUCGGAGAAGUGAUAGCCAUAGUAGAUUCUGGACAAUCAGACAAUCCAGAAGAGACACUUCGUACGGACACAAGCAGGUCGAGUCCGAUUAUAGAUAAAUCUGUGGAAUUUGAAAACUUGGGUAAAAUAGUCCCAGGGACAUCUGGUAAAGAUUUUUGCAAUUCCGAUAUAGAGUUAUGGAAAGAACAAGACGGUAUGUUUGUUGAAACACCUGUUGUGAAAGUGAUUGCAGAGAUCCUUGAAUCAGAACAUUCUGUCUUAAUAGUAGGUGAACCUGGUAUUGGAAAGAGUAUGUUAAUGCACCAUAUUGCUCUUAAACUACAAACCAACAUGAAUGAUAUAAUAAUUCCGUGUUCAGGAAUUCAGGACAUAUAUAAUUAUAAUUAUCAUAUCAAAAACACGAGGAUGACUUUUGUCGUGGAUGAUAUUUUUGGACGGACUUCUGCAAGUUUGGUUGAUAUUGAAUAUAUGAUAAACAAUGGAAACAAUCUAAACCAUAUGUUGAAAAGGGGAAACGCAAAAAAUAGUGGCGUCAUGCCGAUUCGAUGUACUGUUUUCAAACCAAAUAUCAUUAAUUUGUCUGCAGAAUAUUCAAGGGAGGAUAAACUAAUUAUUAGUACGAAGUAUUUAAAUGAAAAUAGUAUUCAGGUGUUGAAAAAUCAAAAAGAAGAGUUUACCCCUCUGAUGUCCUUUCUUUAUUCCAAAAAUAAACAUUUCAACUUGACUGAUUUUUUUAAACGUCCUUACGAAACAUACCAAAAUGAAUGGAUAAAGUUAAAAUCAAUUGAUCCAUUCAAAUAUUACUCAUUAUUUCUAUGUGUUAUUUAUAAUGGCAUUAUGGAAGGGUCUUUAUUUGAAAGCUAUAACGAAAAUAAUAUAAAAAACAAAUGUGUUUUUGAAGACAUGUUUGAAAUCUUCGGAAUAAAUCGGAGCACCUCUAGAAGAAAAAUAAAAACAGUCUUGGACAGCUCUAUUGGAAUUUACUUCUUGAAAAUAGGAAACGAUUAUAGGAUUAUACACGACCAACUCUUAGAUUUUAUAUGUUAUUAUUUUGGUAACAAUGACACAAUGGUCAGAUAUAUAUUGCGUUUUUCAGACAUCAGAGUUUUCAAUGAACGGACACAACUAGAAUCUAUUAAUGAACAACAUAGUAAAUUCACUAUAUUAAUACCAAAGAGGUAUGAAAAGGACUACUUUGAAAGAAUAAAAAAAGAUGUACAACUUGGAAAACUGAAUCAAUGCUUUUGUAAUUCACAGAUGAAACAUGAAAAAUAUAGGGCUUUGUUUCUGAAUGUUUUAAAGUCAAAUGACUACAAGUUGCUUGUUGAUCAAAUAUGUCCUAGACAAAACUUGCAACAUCAGUUUAGACAUAGAACAAAUGUUGAUGUUUUAAAAAGAAAUGAAAAUGAAAAUUAUGCAUGCACUUUUCACAAAGAUAAUUUGGCAAAAGAACCUUUAAUAAUAUCGUGCUUACGAGGAUAUUAUGAUUUAGUCCAAUACUUUAUUUCCAAAGACAUUAAUCAAAAUAACGAGUUUUUAUUUGAUACACCCCUAGCAGCUGCAUGUAGAGGAGGACAUGAGAAGAUAGUACUUUUACUUAUGGAUAAAGGAUGGGAUGUUAUCAAGGCUUAUAGUAUGAGUGAAACACCUCUGACAGCUGCUUGUCGGGGCGGUAAUGAGAAGAUAGUACAGUUACUUAUUGACAAAGGAUACGAUGUUAACAUGACUAGUGGUAUUGGUGAGACAUCUCUGACAGCUGCGUGUAAGGAAAGAAAUGAGAAGAUAGUACAGUUACUUAUUGACAAAGGAUGUGAUGUUAACAUGGCUAGUGGUAUCGGAGAUACGCCUCUGACAGCUGCGUGUAAGGAAAGAAAUGAGAAGAUAGUACAGUUACUUAUUGACAAAGGAUGUGAUGUUAACAUGGCUAGUGGUAUCGGAGAUACGCCUCUGACAGCUGCGUGUAAGGAAAGAAAUGAGAAGAUAGUACAAAUACUUAUAGACAGAGGAUGUGAUGUUAACAUGGCUAGUGGUAUGGUUGACACACCUCUGACAGCUGCUUGUUGGGGAGGUGAUGAAAAGAUAGUAAAAUUACUUAUAGACCGAGGAUGUGAUGUUAAUCAGGCUGACGGGAGAAAACAAACACCUCUGGUAGCUUCGUGUAUGGAAAGACACGAGAAGAUAGUACAGUUACUUAUUGACAGAGGGUGUGAUGUUAACAAGGCAAGUGGUAUGGAUGAGACACCUCUGACAGCUGCUUGUAAGGGGGAAAACGAAAAGAUAGUACAGUUACUUAUAGACAAAGAAUGUGAUUUUAACCAAGCUAGUGGUCUGGGCAAAACACCUCUGACAGUCGCUUGUCAAAGAGGGAAUGAGAAGAUAGUAAAAUUACUUGUGGAUAUAGGAUGCGAUGUUAACCAGGCUGAUGAACUGGGUGAGACACCCUUGACAGCUGCUUGUGAGGUAGCAAAUGAGAAGAUAGUACAGUUACUCAUAAACAAAGGAUGUGAUGUAAACCAGGCUAGUGGUAUGGGUUGGACACCUCUGACAACUGCUUGUCUGGGAGGUUAUGAGAAUAUAUUACAGUUACUUAUAGUCAACGGAUGUGACAUUAAGACGGCAAGUAACAUGAUCUCACCUCUGACAGCUGCUUGUUUUGGAGGAAAUGAGAUGAUAGUACAGUUACUUAUGGACAGAGGAUGUGAUGUUAACCAGGCUCAUGGUAUGGAUGAGACACAUUUAAUAUCUGCUUGCCAGGAAGGAAAUGAUCAAACACUUAUCGACAAAAGAGGUGAAGUUCACCAGGUCGGUGGUAAAGGGUAUACACCUCUAACCGCUGCUUGUCUGGGAAGAAAUGAGAAGAUAGUACAGUUACUUAUAGACAAAGGAGGUGAUGUUAACCAGGCUAAUGGUAAGGGUGAGACACCCCUGACAGCUGCUUGUAUGGGUGGAAAUGAGAAGAUAGUACAGUUACUUAUAGACAAAGGAGGUUAUGUUAACCAGGCUUAUGGUAUGGGUGAGACACCUCUGACAGCUGCUUGUAUAGGAGGAGAUGACAAGAUGGUACAGUUACUUAUAGACAAAGGAAGUGACGUUAACCAGGCUAAUGGUAAGGGUGAGACACCUCUGACCGCUGCCUGUCGGAGAGGUAAUGAGAAGAUGGUACAGUUACUUAUAGACGAAGGAGGUGACGUUAACCAGUCUAGUGGUAGGGGUGAGACAUCUCUGACCGCUGCUUGUUGGGGAGGUAAUGAGAAGAUGGUACAGUUACUAAUAGACAAAGGAGGUGACGUUAACCAGUCUAGUGGUAGGGGUGAGACACCUCUAACCGCUGCUUGUUGGGGAGGUAAUGAGAAGGUGGUACAGUUACUGAUAGACGAAGGAGGUGACGUUAACCAGUCUAGGGGUAGGGGUGAGACACCUCUGACCGCUGCUUGUUGGGGAGGUAAUGAGAAGAUUGUACAGUUACUAAUAGACGAAGGAGGUGACGUUAACCAGGCUAGUGGUAGGGGUGAGACACCUCUGAGAGUUGCUUAUAUGGGGGAGAAGGAAAAGAUAGUACAGUUGAUUAUGAACAGUGGAUGUGACAUUAGCCAGGUUACUGAUAUUAGACAUCCUCAUUUUAUCCCUUCUUUUCCUGGAAGACAAAUAUUCGAUACAGAAAUUAAAAAAACAAAAUUCAGGACUAGCGGAAAAGAUGCAAAUUCCCCAACAACUGCUAGUAAGGGAGGUAAUGAGAAGAACUUACAAAUACUUGAAGACCACUCCUUGAAAAGGAAGGAUCAUAUUUGAAGUUAUCUCCCCGAACACUGUUUUUCUUGUUAUUUCUUAUACGUCGCAACCGUAUAAGAAACCGACAAAUUUAUUUUACCAAAUUGUUUGUUACAUCAUCAGGAUGAUUUGAUUUAUUUUGACCGAAGCUAUCCGGAGACUCCAUAUGAGAGUUAUCCCCCCAUUUGUAUAUGAUAUAAGUGAUAUGCAUUUCUAACUAGUAAACCAUAAGUGAUAGAGACCUGGGGACUUUUGAUUUAAGAUCCUUGGUCCAAAAAAUGAAAGUUAGGUCAAGGUCAAAGGACAAGGUCAUAUUCCAAAUUUUGAUUUUUGUUUUUUUUCACUAUUUUCAUUAAUCUUAUAAGAUAUCGACACGUUACUUUUACUAAAUUGUUAAAUGCAACAUGCCGUAUCUUAUAAAUUUAGGUUUAAAGGGUGGUUAGACAAUAAAUGGGUGUUUUCGCCCCUCUAAUAUUUAGAAUUAUGCAUAAAGUGAUAUUACUUAUGAACCAUACAUAUUACAGACCUAGGGUCUUUUGAUUUGGUGUCCUAUGUUUAUGAUCUUGAAAUUAAGGAAUAGGUCAUAGGUUAGUUGGACGUUCUAGAUUUUGACUUUUGCUUAACAUUCAUAUUUAUACAUCAUAAAGCCAUUGAAACUGACAUUUUCUACUGAAUCUUUAUAUUUUUAUAUAAAAAUAGAACCUUAUUGGUGGAAGUUUUAUUUGAUUUUUUAUUGUUCGAAUUCUGAUUGAUUGCAAUUGUUUAUUUUUCUCUAUAACAAUAAAAUUUAAAUUGCAUGUUUGGAAUUGUGUAUCCGUUUAAAUAAUCUCCGACGGAAGCUGACAUGCUUUUGCAAGAUUUGGUGUUAAAUACGUAUAUAAACAUUGCUAAUAUCUAGAAAGGUUUUUUAACUACUAGUAGAUAGAAAAUUGUCGUUUUUUGUUUUCUACAUCAAUUGCAUUGAAAGUAUCUUAAUCAGUAAAUGAUAAUUCAAAAGAAAGCCGAAAGACACAUAACAAACGCACAUUCAAACACAAAAGUCGAAAAUAAACUAACAACUCCAUGGCAGAAAAAAUAAUAUCAAAAGACAAACAACAGUACACCAAACACAACAUAAAAGACUAAAGAUUGAGCUACACGAACAAUACAUAUAUAACGUAACCUCCUAAAAUAUCAAUCAAACUUUGUCACAUUAACUAAAAAGUAAUGUUUGUUUGUAUGAUUAAAGUCCGUUAAUGAUUCUUAGAAUAUCCUUGAGGCAUUUUCCUAUAAUUAAGACAUGUCCAUUCUGUGUUUUCUAUUUAUAUCCACAAAUGUUAACAUAGAAGC